AUGACGAAGAAGUCGGCCAAGGGAUAUCGGAUAUCGGUCUUGGUCGCGCGCCUGUCCGAAGACCAAGCAGCGGCCCUGAAUGCCUGGGACGGUGAGGUGACGGAUGAAGGAGCGAAGCCAAGUAAAGCCUGGCAGGGGAGACUCUACCGGGAGAUCCUCCCACAUGCUGAUGCAUAUUUGCGUGAAGAAGCUGGGAUGUCCGACGACUUUAUGACACCGCCAAAGCCGAAAGUCGAGCUGGAAGAGGGUGCGGGACCAGCGAUUCCACCCUUCCCAGACCUAGAUGAUUCAGAUCGCCAGGGAAGAAUGGAAGCGGCUCGAAGAGCUCUUGACCAGCACAUUGAGGGAGAGAUAGAUUCCGAAGUGUUGCAGACCGUGGCCACUGCCUUCGACCUAGAUCAUGAGCAACUGGCUCAGUCGAUGUAUGCGAGGAAUCACCGCCUUAGCUACUCGAAGCCAACGGCACCACCAGGAUUGGGAGCCGACCAAAGCGAAAUGGAGUUUGCAAGCAGACCCGCGACGGCAACUAUGCCAGGAGGAGUGACCGUAAAGCCAGCAGUCCCCCGGCCGGCGAAUCCACUUCUGCCGAGGAGCUCCUCCUCAAUCCCCCCGGUCCAGAGAGGUGGAUUGUCGCUCUUUCCCAAGGGGUCAGGCGGUCGAAACAGUCUCGUGAAACCAGCAUCGGAGCAGAUGCCGGAUGGCAGAGCAGGAGCCACGUUCGGAGAAGCCCUCGGAGACAGCACACAAGUCCAAAGCGCGGACCGCAUCAUUCACGCCAUCGACGGUCUGAGAAGAGCACAGGAUGACGACAAAAACCUCACGAAAGGGACCUUGAGUUCUAUCAAAGAGGCGGAGAAGAUGGACGUCUUCCUGGCACGAGGCUGUGGCACCCUGACCGUUGAACUCGCACCGGGAGGGUACGGGAAGGAACUUUUCCACGCGGGGAAAAGGGUGGCAAAUCACGCUCGCCAUAUGCUGCACUUGAUCAAAUGGCCGGUGCUGAUGACCAACAGGGUCCUACUUGGCAUCGCUGGUCUGUGGUGGGGUGGCAAAGACACCUAUACCUUGCACGCAAGUGACUGCGUUACCGCUCGGUCCGAGCAGUUGGACAGUUGGAAUCCGUCCUCCGACAACAAGAUCGAAAAUCGCAUGAGACCACCAGGAGUCUUCAACACUUGGCUCAGAUACGCGGAAAACUCAGUUCGCGUGUUUGGAUCCUGCUAUGGUACAGAGCAUAUCCAAGAAAGGCUCGAUUGUCUCCAAGCCCUGAAGGAGGCCCAUGAAGAAGACGAGCAUGCCUUCCCAGCUGCCUACUGCAUCGAGCUCUUUGAGGAACUUGUCGCGGCUUGGUGCGAAGAACUGCGAGAAAGCAGAAGGAAACUCUGCUCUCUGCUGGGGACCGAAAAUCCACGGCUUGAAGACCUGAAGCUGCUAGCUUUGGCGCCGGGAGCGGAUGGGCAAGCAAACUUCCAGUUUCCAAGCAUAUGGGAUCUGUGCGACCCGAACGGAUAUUACCAGACAGUUGUGGUACCCAGGCAGCAAAGGCAAAUGUCGAGGCUGCUCCACAAGCAGCUGCACGACCACAACCUCAAGCAGAAGAAGACAGCUGGUCCAGCUGAAGAUGAAGAGUCAAGGACAGGGAAAGCCCCAAAGCUUAACCUGAAAGACAAAGAGGCCGAUGGAUAUGCGGGCGGCAGCAUGAAAUCAGCCUACCCAGCUGGAAAACGGCUUACACAAGGAGAAGCUUCACGGUCCGUGGAGCACGUCAUUCGAAGAGGAGGACUCAAAGGUGGGCCGAAAAUCGAUCCCAAAGAGGUCGACGGAAGGGUCGCUCAGCUGCGAACCCAGGCAGCGGCGGAUAAGGCCGACAAGAUCCAACCUAGCAAGAAAGCGAAAGUCAAGCCCAAGCCAAAGGCCAAAGCUGGGAAGGAAGCUGAGGGUAAAGCUGAAGAAGACAAGGUUGGGAACACCCAGUGGGUCGCACCUGAAGACUAUGAUAUCCCUCUGACCCAUCUCGAGACUGACUUGCAAGAGGCGGUUCAGGGCCCAGAUGAGGGCUGGCUGCGAAUACCCUCACAACCCACUGAGCAAGAAGCCGCUCCGGCUUGGGAUGACCAGAGCCAAGAGGAGCGGGAAAGGCUGAAACGAUGGAAGUCGCUGGAGGAGAAAGGGGUUCUGGCGGCCUUGGAGUCGCCCACGGAUUAUCUCAGGUCCCAUGUGAUUGCACGCAUGAUGGCAGCACAAGAUGAAGGAUAUGAACUGGAGCUGAACCGGUGUCUCGAAGAUGCGGCAGAACAUGGACAUCCCGCGCUCUCUAAGGAAGCCGGACGUCAACUUGAGCUCCUCAAGCACGAGCCAAAAGCGGGUCACCAAGCAGAUGUCGAAUUUACGCCCAUCACAUGGGACGAGGGUAUUGGUCAUGGCCUGUUGAACUUUCAAGGAAACUUGUCGCAUAUCGGCUCAGUCACGGUCCGUGACUACCAGGAUCGCUUGAACGCAAAAGACAGCGAGGUCCCACUGCAAGACGGGCAGUUGGAAGAAGAGCGCCAAUGCCUGCCUCUUCAUGUGGGUGUCGGGUUAGCGUUGGCCGAUGAUCCAUCUGUAGAACUACGAGAGGCCGUAGCCAGAGCCAACCAGUUGAGAAAACACCUCUGGGAUGAAGCAGUGGAGGCUCACGCACACCUUGGCGAUCCGCCAGCGUGGAUACCUGAGGGCGAGCACUUCUUGCGUCAAAACGUCCAUGAUUGCCUCUAUCCUCACCACGAGAAAGACUACCGCGCCUUGCAAACCCUCACAGGAUCCAUGCUGCAAGGAUACACGUUGGCGGUCCUCAGGAUUUCCUAUUUUGGUCGGUUGGAGGUCGACUUGCUCCACGGAGAUGAUGCUGGCAAUGGGAAGCUAGUUUUCGUUACCAUCCACCGGGGGCAUAUGCGGGGGCAUAUGCGCCUGCUUCUUCCACAACAGCCCCAGCAGCUGUUGGAUCACCUGAGGACUGCAGACAAGGUCACCAGGGAACUUCAGGUUGAACAUUGGAGGGUGAUCUUGGACCAGAGCAAAGUGGAGGAUCAGAUGGUUCCAGCCAAGUCCCCCGCCUGCACAAGAUGCCAGCAACAGCAGCAAAGGCCUUAUCGUGUUGGUGAAGGAUUCCCGUUGCCACCGGCUUCAUUUGAGUCCUGCUUGCAGGAUGAUCCACAGGCUCUUCAAAACAGCGGUGUGCCUCUGCGAAAAAGGCUCGCCUUCGCCUAUGGGCCAAUUGGUCAAGAGGUGUACGCUGGAUGGGCAGGAUGGACCAAGGGGCUUCAGUACCAGGGGAUCCCGUGCGGAGAACCCAUUGAAUACUAUGAGGACCCGAUCGAGCAAAAGGGCUUUAAGCCGCAGCAUGAUACCCGUGACCCGAAGGUCCGAGAACGAUUGCUGGGAUUAGCUGGUGCUCCACCAGGGCCCGAUGUCCCCAACACUUGGCAGCUUGGAGUCGUUUGUACUUCCUUCUGCGACCACCAGCUGAAGAACGGUGGCAGCAGGACCUGGCAACGCCCACAAGGCGACGGCACUCGUCCCUCUGAAGUUCAAGGAAAUGAAGACGCAGAGUUCGCAGCCGAACUUUGUACGGUUCUGGCGGACAACGGAAGAGUCUUCGCAUUGGAGAGUAGCGCGCCGUCGGGCCGCUACCCCAAGAUAUGGGACCUGCCUUGUAUGCAGAGGAGUCGGCCCGACUCACCAGCACGCACCCUUGAGGGACCCAGUCCAAUUCCUCAAGUACCUCUCACUCGACUGGCACAGCAAUACGCACCAGCUUUGUGUGCAGCCUGGGGUCUGGUAGUCCGAGCAGCUUUUGAAGAAUGGAGCUGGACAACAUAUCUGCAAGAGCACAGCGUGCUCAAAGCCCUAGAGAAAUGUUGGACCGAACUGGACGCACCCCCUUGGCCGGCUGAUCCAGCCAAUACGUUGGAGCGAACCCUUGGCCAACAUUUGGCACCGGUGGUUGCUGGCCAAGCGGAUGGACCAGGCCUCCCACAUGGCUACACCUGUUCAGGAUGCGAACUCCAACAGAUGGUCUACCCUUGUACGUUUUGUGGGGGGGAGGGGUCUGUUUCCGAUCCCGAAAAGCAAGCUGAGGGGCAGGGCACAAGGGCAGGCAUCGUCGACGACGCCAAUGGCCAAAGCACUGCUGAGAAAUACUUGGAGGUAUGCCAGAGUGCUUACAGCAAGGAGGCAGUGAGAAAAGCCACAGAGGCAGGAAAUGCGUUGUUGAGGGCCGCCGGCUCGGUGCCAAGAGCAGCUGAAUUAGUCAACAAAGCGAGGCUGAGGAAGUAUGGGGAACACUUCCAGAAGGCAAAGGAAGGAGCAUUGAAAGGGCUCAGCCCCCUACACAAGCAAUACUUGAAAGACUGUGUGCUCAAGGGCGUGCCCAGCCGAGCUAAGAGUACCCCCAAGAGAGAGAAGGCCCGAAACCACGGCUCCGUCAGGGGGCACGAGGAAGAGAUGCUGCAGAAGGCAUGGAAAGACGCAUCUUAUGGGGCGGUACUUCUGUGUUCCACAGAGACCGAGGACCAAGAAGAAAAUCGGCAAAUCGACCAGAUACUGACCGAGAGCAAGGUGGCCGAGAGCCCUCUCGGCCGAGUGCCCAAGCAAACCCCCGACAGAACCAUCUCAGCGGAAGGUCGUCCCAUCAACGAUAUGCGAGCCAGGAAUGCUUCGGGCUCCAAAUACGACCACCCACCCGCCGCUCAGCCUAGGCACAGAGCAGUGGUCAGGCAAAGCCUUUGGUGGAGGGUGCGACCCCCGAAGGUUCCACAGAGGUGUGCGAAACGCGAUGUGCCAAGGGCUUUCAAGUGGCACUUCCUCAAGCCGGGCGAUGUCCCUGAAUUCUGCACGAGGAUUCUAGGUGUGCUGAUCCUGAGUCUGGUGAUGGUGUUCGGUUGGGUAGGAGCGCCAGGGGAGUUCGUGAUAUGGGCCACCGCAGCCCAAAAGCACCACGGGUCGUUCCGACCAUGCCAUCCUCAAUUCAACGAUGUGGUUCCCUACACCAGCCGAUGGCUGAUGGAUGACGGCGUGGGGGUAGAGCCACUAGUGGGGAAUAGGAUCCAGAGAUCCCUGUCAGCAAUGGAUGCAGCUAUGGUAUCAGUCUGGGGCCCUGGAGCCAUCAAUCUCGACAAGCUCGCCGAAGAAGGCACCCCGGCAAAAUCCCAGCUCCUGUGGGGCCUCCACCUAGACUUUGAAGAACAGGUUGUGGUCCUCCCGGAACCGAAGCGAAUAAAGGCGAAGUAUCUCCUAAGAGAGCCUCAGCUUCAAAGGGGGUGCCAACGAGUUCGUACCAAGCUGCUCCGAGAACUGGCAGGGACAGCGCAGUAUUGGGCCGUCUCCGCCCCGGAGAUUGCACCCUAUCUACCAGUCUUUUACAGGCUCCUGCAGCAGGAAGUAGGCGAUCAUGAAUGGGUGAAACCCAGGGGCUCCGAGAGUGAGCUAGAGGCUGCCUGGGCUGAGUUCUGGGAUGCGCUCGAUUGGGUUCGCCUCCAGAUGGAAAAGCCUUGGGGAACCAGUUUCAGAGCAGCUUUCGGCAAGCUCCUGCCGUUAAGGGAAAGGCUCGCACUCCCUGGCAUGGCCGCUUCGGCCCGAUUCGUUGGAGGAGAUGCCACGCUAACCAGGGCCGUGAGCGAAGUCGUAGGGGGCGGAGAUCACUUGGAGAUCAUCGGAGUGAUGGAGCUUCUGACGUUCAUUGUCCUGGCAGCGGCGCGGAAGGAAACCUGGCAGGGGCAACUGAUCCUUUAUGUGACUGACAACAUGAAUGUCAAAGCAUGGUUACGUACCAGGCGCGCUUCAAACAGAUACGUGAGGGCGCUCUUGCUGCUGCUCCAGCGGCUCGAAGCGGAGAAUAGCUUCACUGUCGAUGGAGCGUACGUCCGUACCUACCACAAUACUCUCAACGACUGGCUGACAAGGGAGGAUGAAGACAAGGUCCAUGCGGAAAUGGAAAGCAGUGGCUGGACCCGCCUCGAGCUCAAUGAGGACUGGGAAGGACUCCUGCGAGAAGCCAUGCGCCCCACGUUGAAGCUACCAGGGGAGAAGGGCCCGAGUGCAGCUUUAGCCAUUCAGCUGGCCAACGAACAGCAAACCGUGCAUGCCUUCCCCGCCAAGAUCGAACCAAAGCCAUUCAAAGGGGGACUCCACCAAAUCCGGCUAGGGUCGGAACUACUGACGUUCGAGCUGGGGUGGGCCAAGGGCGGAGGAUCGAUCGCAAGCCAGGCGCAAGCUGACUGGAUCGUCUGUGUUCUCACUCAAGACCCAAAAGGGCGGGAGGCAGACAUCCUUCUAAAAACCCUCGCCAGAACUGAUUGGAGAGGACGACUUAUCGUUGACCAGCCCAGGGAGCUCUCUGAAACCAGCCGAAAUCGCCUGAUGCAGCUUCAGGUUCAAUGGGGUCAGGCACAAGUGGUCGACUAUCAGACUUCACACCACGGCAGCUUCUUUGCCAGGGCCAGAAGACUUUGGCUUUUUGGAGGAACGGCCGACGAAAAGGAGAGAGUUCAAGCAUGGCGAGUUGCACAAGUCAACGAGUGUCAGAUGUUACCUCUGCGAUCCGCAGAGGAGUCAGGUAAGGGAUUAUGCCCGCCCGACUACCUUUUCACGAGAGAACCAAACCUCAUCACCACCGGAGACAAGUGGCUUCCAAAACCAGUCGGCCACUUGGUUGACGUGCGCGCCGGCAGCAGGCACCUGGUCCAUAGCACACGGGGCCCAGCUUGCGGACCUAGGCUCACAGGUGAGCGUCUCAAGAUCCCAGGAGGCACCCUGUUGGAAGAUGGGACGGGUCUGGUCCGUCCUCUCCUCCCAGAAGAGGUGUGGGAAAUGCAAGGGGGCCUCGCAGAGGAUUGGCGUUCCGCCGACUCGAAGAGAAAGGAUCGCAUGAUAGCAGCUGCAGUCCGGGAGCCAGGCUGGCAAGUGGCUAUGAGUCUCAUGCAGGCUCUGACUGGAACCGAUGGGAAGGCAGGAGUCCUGGACCCCGAUGAGAUCCAAGCCCACGAGCAACUAGAGGUCUGGCUGCGAGCGUGGGGGAGGAACCCGAAGGCUCCCUCUUCCGAGCUUUUCCUUACUUCGUGGAAAGAGCCACGUGUGGCAGUGGCACCCACUCAUGAGUUCGUGGGAGCGACAACCCAGGCGAAAGCAGGCGGAGGCAAACGCACCACCGUGAAGCCAGCACUCAGUGAAGUGGAGAGGCUGGUCCAGCCCGCAUCCAAAAGAGGCGGGACUACUGGGACCCCCCGCCCCCGAGGAGGGAGCACAGCGGAGCUUGACCAGGUAGCCAUGGAAGCUGUCUUGGCCAAACUGGCUGAUUCAACUCGCAGGGUCUAUGCAUCAGGCUGGAAGCAAUGGGCGUUGUACAAUGCCAGCUCGGGCACUCACCCGUUCCUUGACGGAGAAGAGCGCUCCGCUCGGACUGAAGACGAUACCCUGAUCCACUGGUCGGGCAACCUCGGUUGUGGGCAGCGGUUGCGGGUCUACAACGUUGGGAAGGCGCCCCAAAACGAAAGUUGGUUUUUCAUGAUGCGGGCCAGUGAACUCUUGCCCAGUAUCAAUGGAGAAGACCCCAUGAAUAGGGCGCUCCGCCCAGCUGAUGCUGCUUUCUUUUCGCAUGGGCAGCCUACCAUAGGCGCCAAGGCCGAUGAAGUCGUAGUGCAGAUUAGAUCUUCAAAAACCGAUCAGUAUGGUAGGGGCCAAACACGGUCACACCACCGCUCCGGUGGAGAUCUCUGCCCUGUUGAAGCCUUAGCCGCGCUACAGGUCCUACAGCCCCAUCGGUGGCGCAGCCCUGAAGACGAGGCGCCUUUGUUCCGCUAUGAAGACGGGACGGGGCUUGACAGAGAGGGCAUCACCCAUUUCAUCAAGAUAGCUGCAUUGGCCGCCGGGUUUCCUGGCGAACUCGUAUCGUUUGCAGUGAAGGCUGGUGCUAUGGAUGCUACUGAUGAAAGUGCCGAUGGGGGACGAAAGCCAGCAGCUCCAGAUCGAGCCAAUGCAGCAAACCUCUUUGUAGCAGCUCACCCAGGACUAGAUCUUUAUCAAUUCCUGGGUGUUCCACCCGGUGCGACUCCAGCUCAGGUGCUCACCGCAUAUCGUCGCAGGUCCCGUGAGACUCAUCCAGACCGCUUUGCAACUGCUGGGGAAGAUGUCCAGAAAGCCAAAGGUGGAGACAAGAGCAAAUUGCUGCAAAGCAUGGGCGAGGCCGUUCCCCAGUUGUUCCAGCUGGUGUCUAUGCCAAGCAAGCUUCAUCAUUCCAACAAGCCAGAUCAAGUUUUGAUCGGUCCUCCACUCCUGCUGGCGCAGGAGCCAGCAGCUCGGGAGGAGCAGGCCGGGAGGUGCUUCGUAAACCGCCCCCCCCUUCACAGGGAUAUCCUGGAGGAGGAGCGCAAGGAGGACCGCCCCCAGCCAAAGCCCCUCCUGCUCCAGCAGGGACCGCGCAAAAGCCAAGGAAACCUCCACCGCCCGCGAAUCCGCCUACUCCGAGCUCAAGUGCGAAGCCAAGGAAAGCACCGCCACCAAGAAAUGAUGAUGGGAGGCCCAGAGGACCUACCACCCCACCAAUGCAAAAAAUUGCAAAAAAUGGCACCCACGCAAGCUAUUCCAAAGGGAGCACCGCCAACACCGGCCAAGCAUUUCCCCAGGGCGACCCAACCAUACACUGGAGGGGGCAUGGUGGACGAUUUGCGAGUUCCUCGCAUCGCACUGGCAGAUGCAGGGGUGAAACGAUCAGACGCUCCGUCUGAGUCUUGGUGGUCAGAGACGUCAUCCAGAUAUAGGGCCCCUUCGAGCUGGUUGGAGCCCGGGUCUGAGCCUUGGGUCGAAGAUGACCUUCCACCGGAGAGCACCGUCCCAGACAACGAGGAUGACUAUGUGUAUGUUGAGGUGGAAGCUGAAGACGAUGACAUGGACAUCCUCCAAGACCACCAAUUCGAUGAAGAUGAUUGGGACGAGCCGGCAUGGGAAGAGCUCCCUGAGGAGGGGACCGGGUCUGAGCAAGUCUUCCAAACCUUCGAUCAAGCCGUGAUGCAAGGACUGCUCCAGUUCAUGGAUUUCGUGAACAGAGGUGGCUCCGCCGCCACUUCCAAAGCCAGCUCAUCCAGAACAGAGCCAAAGGAGCCGCCGAAAGCCCUAGCCCCCAAACCAGUUCCUCCAGUGCUGAUGCAGAAGACACCAGCACCAAAGAAGCCCCCUCCGCCACUGCCAGCAGCCAACUAUGCCAUGCCGGCAAGAGCUAUGGGACUCGGUUCAGGCGCAACAGCAUCAUCUUCUGAGGGCGCUCCGCCCACUGAGGUGAACCACUUUGGGUUUGACGAGUCUGAAGUCGACUAUGGUGAUGACGAUGAUCGAACCCCUGAGGAGAAGGCAGAAGAUGAGGAGCUGCUCGAGAAGACCAAGACGAAAGUGGAAGCUUUCCUGCGAGCACCCCCAGAGAUGAGGAAGACGCUUCGCUCCCAAGCAUGGAAGCGGUGCAAGAGCAAACUGGAGGAGCUCAACUUUGAGUUCAGCACUCGUCCACUGCCCGAAAUGCACCCAGGCAAAUUCGAGAAGUAUCUCAAGGAUGGCUUCACCUAUGCGGAGGCCAAACAACGCCAAAAGGGCCGGCAAGGGGCCGCCCGACAUCAGCGAGCCUUGGCUGAAAUGGAGGGUGCCUCCUUUGAGGAUUUCCCGAAAUCCUGGUCACAUGGGUAUUCCAAGCAAGUCCUGAAGCCGGGUUUCCUCGAAGAGAAGAACAAGGAGCGGGCCCGCCGAAAAGCUACAAAGGCCAACUAUCGAUCCGAUAGAUCACGCAGCACUCCACCACCUCGCCAGUCAGCUGCUCCAGCUGCUGCAUCCAACCAGGCUGAAGCUGAAAGCACGGCCAACUGGGAAGCAGGAAGUCAAUGGCACGACUGGCAAGCGAGACGCAGCAGUGAGUGGCAACGGCAUCAACCAGAUGUCACACAACGGAGAGAUGCAAAUGCCGCAGACGAUGACAACUGGGGCAACUGGACCAGAGAUGGGCAACGAGGCAGCAACCAAGAUGGCUGGUCCAGCUAUGACUAUGGAAACCAUCAGGAUCGACAGUGGAACCAGUGA